AGACCGGAAGCUGAGUGCCGAGCGCGAACCCGCUCAAAGAUGAACCCUUUGACUAAGGUGAAGCUGAUUAACGAGCUGAAUGAGCGAGAGGUCCAGCUUGGAGUGGCGGAGAAGGUAUCCUGGCAUUCCGAGUACAAGGACAGCGCCUGGAUCUUUCUCGGAGGACUUUCUUAUGAACUGACUGAAGGGGACAUCAUCUGUGUUUUUUCACAGUAUGGGGAGAUUGUUAAUAUUAAUCUUGUGCGAGACAAGAAGACUGGGAAAUCCAAAGGAUUCUGUUUCCUCUGCUAUGAAGAUCAGAGGAGCACAAUUCUGGCUGUUGACAAUUUUAAUGGAAUUAAGAUCAAAGGGAGAACUAUCCGCGUGGAUCAUGUCUCAAACUAUCGGGCUCCUAAGGACUCAGAUGAAAUGGAUGAUGUGACCAGAGAGCUCCAGGAGAAGGGCUGUGGGGCUACCACUCCCCCACCGAGUUCAUCUGAGGAUGACAGACCCACAAAAUGCCUCAAAAAAGACAAAAAAGAAAAAAAGAAAAAAAAGAAAGACAAAGAGAAGACUACCCAGGAGGUACAGGCAGUGCAGCCAUCUUCCUCUUCACUUCCCAGAAGUAGGAUGAUAAAGGAAAAGGAUGAGCCUGGCACUAAGAAACACAGCAGCAACACCCUGGAGAGGGUUCAGAAGCCUGAGGCCAGAGAAGGGAGAAAGCACUACCCAGACUCCCUUGAGGUUAGGACUUCCUGCCGUGGUAGUGCAAAGGACUCUGAGAAGGAGCCAGAGAAGGAGCCAAAGAAGGAGAAACUCAAGUAUGAGCACAAGUCCUCAAGCAGGAAGGAAGUGAGAGAAGACAAGCACAGGGAUCGAGACAGAGGGCGAAGCUCAGAUGCACAUUCCAGCCGGCGUAGCGGGCAUUCUGAAGGGCGGAGUCAUAGAAGUAGAAGUAGGAGCUGUGGGCAUUCUGAAGGGCAGAGUCAUAGAAGUAGAAGUAGGAGCCGAGAUAAAUCCUAUAGACAUAAAAAGGUCCAUCGCUCCUGGGAGCAGGAGUCCUCUAAUCCCUGUGACCGUAGGCGUCACUAAAGUCUCCUCUAGCUGCUCAGUUGAUUUAAAUAUGUAAAGAAAUUCAAUGGUGCUAACAUUUCUGUAUAUAAAAUCUCUGAGGCUGAAUUCUUUUACUUUCUUGCAUAGAUUCAUUGAGAGGGCUAUAGUUUCUUUCUUUUUUUUGACUUCUAUUUUUUUACUUUAUUUUUUGAAGAGAGUACAAAUUAGAAUUAAAG